CCCUUAGUUAAUGCCCAGCUACAUAAUCUCUGCUGUGUACUGCUGCUGCGCAAAGGGAACUUCAGGGCUUUGCUGAAGGAAGAUGGCUUUCUGGACACAGCUGGGAUUGCUGCUAUGGAAGAACUUCACCUACAGAAGAAGACAGACUUUCCAGCUGCUGAUUGAAGUUGCCUGGCCUCUUUUUAUCUUCUUCAUCCUGAUCUCUGUAAGACUUUCAUAUCCGCCCUACGAGCAGCAUGAAUGUCACUUCCCAAACAAAGCUAUGCCUUCAAGUAUUCAGGGGAUCAUCUGCAAUGCCAACAACCCUUGCUUCCGCUACCCAACUCCUGGGGAAUCCCCUGGUGUUGUUGGAAACUUUAAUGCCUCCAUUGUUUCCCGCCUCUUCUCGGAUGCCAAGAGGUUACUCUUGUACAGCCAACAGGACACAAGUGUAAAGGAUGUCCAGAAGGUCCUGGGAAAACUGCGCAAGCUGGGAAACUUCUCUGGCUCAGACCUGAAACUUCGGGAUUUCCUGGUUGACAAUGAGACAUUUUCAGACUUCCUCCAUCAUAAUGUGCUCAUGCCUUCAACUGCAGUAGAGGAGCUACUGGAUGCAGAGGUCAAUCUCCAGCAGGUCAUUGUGUCUGGUUACCGAAUGAGACUGAGAGAUAUCUGCAAUAGCUCAACAAUGUCUGAAUUUCUUAAAAUCCAAAAUCAGACGAUAGCCAUAGACUCUGAAUCCUUCAUUUGCACCUUGCCAAAGGAAAAACUCCAUGCAGUGGAACAAGCCUUCCGUGCUAAUCUGAAUCCUUUGAAGCCCCUUCAGAGACGAGUUUCUUUCAAUUCCUCCUUGCGUGAUCUGUCAGAAACUGUGGAAGCUUUGAGAGAGAGCCUUGGGAAGCUUGUUAAUGAGUUGCUGAGCAUGAAGAGCUGGAGUGACAUGAGGCAAGAGGUGAUGUUCCUGACCAACGUGAACGCGUCAAACUCCUCCACGGAGAUCUACCAGGCUGUGUCACGCAUUGUGUGUGGCCACCCUGAAGGUGGAGGUCUGAAAAUUAAAUCCCUCAACUGGUAUGAGGAUAACAAUUACAAAGCACUGUUUGGAGGCAACAGCACUGAAGACGACGUGACUAACUUCUAUGAUAACUCCACAACACCCUACUGCAAUGAGCUGAUGAAGAACCUGGAAUCCAGUCCGCUUUCCAGGAUUAUCUGGAGGGCCUUGAAACCCCUGUUGAUUGGGAAGAUCUUGUACACUCCAGACACACCAGCCAUAAGAAAAGUCAUGACUGAGGUGAACAGGACGUUCCAGGAGCUGGGUGUGUUUCGUGACCUUGGGGGAAUGUGGGAGGAGAUAAGCCCGAAGAUUUGGACAUUUAUGGAAAGUAGUCAGGAAAUGGAUCUCAUUCGGACACUGCUGAAAGACAAAGCUCUCUGGGACCUGCACUUGACAGUUUCUAACUGGACAGUGGAGGAUGUUGCCCGUUUCCUGUCAAACCAUCCAGAGGACUUUGAGACAGCAAAUGGCUCUGUGUAUACCUGGGUGGACGCCUUCAAUGAGACAGACCGGGCUGUCCAGACCAUCUCCCAUUUCAUGGAGUGUGUCAACUUGGACAAACUGGAGCCUGUGGCUACAGAAGUCCGGCUUAUAAACAAAUCCUUGGAGCUUCUGGAUGAAAGGAGGUUCUGGGCUGGCAUAGUCUUCACUGAAAUAGCUCCUAACAGCAUAGACCUCCCUCAACAUGUGAAAUACAAGAUACGCAUGGAUAUUGAUAAUGUGGAAAGGACCAACAAGAUCAAGGAUGGAUACUGGGAUCCUGGUCCCCGUGCUGACCCCUUUGAGGACAUGCGCUAUGUUUGGGGAGGCUUUGCCUACCUGCAGGAUGUGGUGGAACAGGCCAUCAUCAGGGUGCAGACAGGCACGGAGAAGAAGACAGGAGUUUAUGUGCAGCAGAUGCCCUACCCAUGUUACGUUGAUGACAUUUUUCUGCGUGUCAUGAGCCGCUCCAUGCCUCUCUUCAUGACUCUAGCCUGGAUCUACUCAGUGGCUGUGAUAAUAAAGGGCAUAGUGUAUGAGAAGGAAGUCCGGCUGAAGGAGACAAUGAGGAUUAUGGGUCUUGACAAUGGCAUCCUUUGGCUAAGCUGGUUCAUUAGCAGCCUGAUCCCUCUGCUGAUGAGUGCAGGACUGCUGGUGCUGAUCCUUAAGAUGGGGAAUCUGCUGCCUUACAGUGACCCUAGCGUGGUGUUUGUUUUCCUCUCGAUCUUUGGUGUCGUGACCAUCCUCCAGUGCUUCCUCAUCAGCACCGUGUUCUCCAGGGCCAACCUGGCAGCUGCCUGUGGGGGCAUUGUGUAUUUCACGCUGUACCUGCCUUAUGUGCUAUGUGUUGCCUGGCAGGACUAUGUCAGCUUCUCCCUCAAGAUCUUUGCGAGCCUGCUGUCUCCUGUAGCCUUUGGCUUUGGUUGUGAAUACUUUGCACUGUUUGAGGAGCAGGGAGUUGGUGUUCAGUGGGAUAACUUCUUUGAGAGCCCAUUGGAAGAAGAUGGCUUUAGCAUCACCACUUCUGCUGUCAUGAUGUUGUUUGACACCUUCCUGUAUGGGGUCAUGACCUGGUACAUUGAGUCUGUCUUCCCAGGCCAGUAUGGGAUUCCCAGGCCCUGGUACUUCCCUUUCACGAAAUCCUAUUGGUUUGGCGAGGAACCACAGGACAGGCAGCACCUUCAUCCUGACCAGAAGGGGCCUUCAGAAGUCUGCAAGGAAGAAGAGCCUAUGCAUCUCAGCCUUGGUGUUUGCAUCCAGAACCUGGUCAAGGUUUAUCGUGAUGGCGAGAAAGUUGCUGUGGAUGGUCUCACACUGAAUUUCUAUGAAGGACAAAUCACCUCCUUUCUGGGACAUAAUGGAGCAGGGAAAACCACUACCAUGUCCAUUUUGACUGGCUUGUUCCCCCCAACCUCGGGUACAGCCUUCAUCCUGGGCAAAGAUAUCCGCUUUGAGCUCAGCACCAUCAGGCAGAACCUGGGUGUCUGCCCACAACACAAUGUUCUGUUUGACUUGCUGACUGUGGAGGAGCACAUCUGGUUCUACGCUCGGCUUAAAGGGCUGCCAGAAAAGAAGGUGAAAGAGGAGAUGGAGCAGAUGGCAGUGGAUGUCGGUUUGCCUCACAAACUGAAAGCUAGGACAAGCAAACUCUCUGGUGGCAUGCAGAGGAAGCUCUCAGUUGCCUUAGCCUUUGUUGGUGGCUCCAAGGUUGUCAUUCUGGAUGAGCCUACAGCUGGAGUGGAUCCUUAUUCUCGCAGAGGGAUAUGGGAAUUGCUUCUAAAGUAUCGGCAAGGCCGCACUAUCAUUCUCUCCACGCACCACAUGGAUGAGGCAGACAUUCUGGGGGACCGGAUUGCCAUUAUUUCUCAUGGGAAGCUCUGCUGUGUUGGCUCUUCUCUAUUCCUAAAGAACCAGCUGGGAACAGGCUAUUAUUUGACACUGGUCAAGAAGGAUGUAGAUUCCUCUCUAAGCUCCUGCCGAAACAGCAGCAGCACAGUGUCCUAUCUGAAAAAGGAUGACAGUGUCUCCCAGAGCAGCUCUGACGCUGGCCUUGGCAGUGACCAUGAAAGCGACACACUGACUGUCGAUGUCUCUGCAAUUUCAAAUCUCAUUACAAAACAUGUUCCUGAGGCCAGGCUGGUGGAGGACAUCGGCCAUGAAUUAACCUAUGUCUUGCCAUAUAAGGCUGCUAAAGAGGGAGCUUUUGUGGAGCUGUUCCAUGAAAUUGAUGACCGUCUCUCUGAUCUUGGCAUUUCCAGCUAUGGCAUCUCUGAAACCACCCUGGAGGAG